GUGCUCUCCGAUUUGGAUGGACUCACCGAAAGACUUCACAUGCAGACGAAAAGAGUUUGUGAAAACCGAAUGAGAAGUAACGGAAGAGGCCCAGCUGAAGCGAACUACAGAGGGCUAAUGUGACAGCCGCCACUUUCACUCCGAAGCUGCUUCUUGUUUGGAUCCAAAUACGAGUAAAAGAGUCCAAAUAAAGCUGAACUUUUAGGACACACCCAACUCUAAACUUCAACAGGAACUGAAUGAUCAGAAAGAAUGGCAAGACAGGAAGCAGGAGCCUUGUGAAGAGCAGCUAAAUCCCAGUGUGAGAUAACUUCAGCAUAGAAGUUCCAUCCGAACAACAAUGGGCAGCCCUGGCCAAGACUAUGAAAACUACACGUAUGAGUACUACUCGGAGUAUGGUGAUUUAGAAGAGCUUAAAGUAGACCACAAGCAAAGGGAAACUAUCCACAUUAUCUCUGUAGUUAUCUAUAUUAUUUCCAUUGUGGUUGGCCUGAUUGGAAAUGGAACGGUUAUUUGGGUGACGGCAUUUAAAAGCAAAAAGACUGUCAACAGUUUGUGGUUGCUCAAUCUAGCCAUUGCAGACUUUGUAUUUGUUCUUUUUCUGCCUUUUUACAUUGAUUACAUUCUGCGAGACUUCCACUGGGACUUUGGUGUUGCCAUGUGUAAGAUUAACUCGUUUGUGUCUGUGAUGAACAUGUAUGCCAGCGUCCUCUUCCUCACAGUGCUCAGCAUAGAUAGAUAUGUUUCUCUGGUCCAUCUUAACUGGUCUCAGAGGCACCGCACCCGAGGGAGGGCCUGGGUUGUAUGUGGUUGUAUAUGGGCACUUGCUGCCAUCAUGAGCUGUCCAGCUCUGAUCUUUCGUGACACCAUUCGCUUAGAUAACAAGGUGGUGUGCUUCAACAACUUCCACACACAGGAUGGGCAUAUAGCAGCAAUAAGACACAUUACAGUGGUGGCCAUUCGUACAACUGUGGGCUUUCUUUUGCCCUUUUCUGCUAUAUGUGUCACAGGUAUACUUCUGUCCAUCAAAGUGAGACGAUCUAGGGGGUCAUUCCGCAUGUCCAGAUUCUCCAAAACAGUCACUGCAGUAAUUUUGGCCUUCUUUUUAUGCUGGGCACCGUUUCACACUUUCAGCUUGAUGGAGUUGUCCAUACAUUCCUCAUUUUAUCUCCACAAUAUUCUGAAAGCUGGCUUUCCUCUUGCCACCAGUUUAGGCUUUUUUAACAGUUGCAUUAACCCCCUGCUGUACAUACUGCUGGGCAAAAAGGUGCGUCACAUCCUAAAGCGUUCAUGUCUGAACAUAACUAAGAAUUCUCUAAGAGAGUUCAGCCAGUCGAUCUCUGCCACAGAGAUGGAGUCGGCGCCAGGAGCUCAUCAGGGCACUGUCCCGGAAGAACCUGUGGCAUCAUCAGCUCUGUGAUAGCAACUAUAGUCAAACUUAAGAACUUGUCUAUGAAAAACAAGUGGUGAAGACUUCAGUAUUCAUUUAUCUGAGCUGUACUUUCCAGCUCCAGUGUUAAGAUUUUCCUGUUUUGUUUCAUUUGGACGAAGUUAUGCCUACUUUAACUGACAAUUACUCUGGAUGGAAAAGCUGAAUUUGCAUGUGCAUAAUGUGCACAUGGACAUGUCUUUCCAUUUAUUAACAAAACCACAUUAAAUCAGAGCUGAAAAAGACGGUUAGUUGAUGAGCAAAUAUUUGUAAUUUAUCAUCACAUUAUUUAGAUUAUUUUAAAAAGAAGGGAAAAGAAAAAAGUCAAGAUAUUGUUGGUUUCAGCUUCUCUAUGUGAGAGUAUGAGAAUCAGACUAUCCCUUUGACUACAAUUUCAAUCUUUUAUUAUUUUAUUGCAUAAAUCCAUAAAAUAUUGUUAGUCUCAGCAGCUGUUCAGAGGCAACAAACAUUAACAGUUGCUGAAAGUUUUUGUACUGAGGUAUCUACUCAAUUAUAGCUUAAUGGGUUGUGUCUGAAAAAGCUGAGAUAUAAAACAUAUCUGAUUGUAGUCUUCAAUAUAAUGUAACGCUUUCAUUUGUUAUAUAGGUGCAUACUGACUGCUGGAAACAUACUAAUGUAUUACUGAGAUUGUUUUACUAAUAAAAAGCUGCAUAAAUAAGCUUUAUCCUAUUGAAAGUAAAAUGUACAUCUCAAUAAAUGUGUUCUUUGUUC